UACACAGAACCGUUUCUGAGGUUAGAAGCGCCACCCACUAACGUUAUGCAGAAGUAGAAAGCGAUAUUAAAUGAAGGAAUCAGAGUUUGUCUGCCAGGCAGCUGUUAACCGAUACUGAAGUUUGUCUCCAGGAACAGGAGCGUUCUUUUGUAUUCAUCACUUAUAGGUUACCUCUCAUACAAACACUUGUUGGACAUGGGGUUUCUUCUGACCAAGAUGAUGGCUGUGUUCGGUGACAGAGAGCACAAAGUCAUCAUUGUUGGUUUGGACAAUGCUGGAAAGACAACCAUCCUCUAUCAGUUUCUGACGAAGGAAGCCGUCCACACAUCCCCAACCAUUGGCAGCAACGUUGAGGAGAUCACCGUAGGUAAAACAAACUUCAUGGUUUGGGAUAUCGGAGGACAGGAGAGCCUUCGAGCCAGCUGGUACUCAUACUACGGCAACACAGAGAUUGUCAUUUUGGUUGUGGACAGCACCGACCGUGAACGUCUCAAUCUCACUAAAGACGAACUGCACCGAAUGCUCGCACAUGAGGACCUACAGAAUGCAGCCGUUCUUAUUUUGGCUAACAAACAGGACGUGAAAGGCUCGAUGACAGCGGCAGAGAUCUCCCAGUGCCUCACACUCGACUCAAUCUCAUCACACUCAUGGCAUGUUCAAGCCUGCUGUGCCCUGACAGGAGAGGGUCUGCCUGCCAGUCUGGACUGGAUGAAGUCACGGGUUAUUGCAAACUAGAGCACACUCCAGUGGAUCAAACUUCCUCAAACUGAGCCAACCUUGAAAGGCACUGCAGAUUCCACAUGUCAGGAAUAAACAGUGGUAACUUUUGGGGCAAAAUCCUGUGAACAUGACGUCUGUGAUACAGCCUGCCUCACCACACAUAUAGUAUUACACAGCUGUGUGAGGCCUCAGGGUGGACGAACAAGAGAGAAGAGAGGUGAAUGAGGUGCAGAGAGGUGCACCAUCUUUAUGUUAGACAUCCUCCCUGACCAGAAAUAUCACAUUCCACUACAACUACUUCCUUAAUCUCAAUUGAUUAUUUCAUUUCAGUGGGCUUAACAAGGGACAACAGGUUACUUUAUUGCACAGUAAAGUAAAGUAGUAACUAAGGUAACUACUACAACUGAACACGUUGUACCAAAAAUGUUAAAACAUACAUUUAAGGCAGAUAGAUCACAGAUGAUAACUAAUAACACUAAAGCAUAAUCUAUGUUGUGUGUUGUGUUGUUUUUCUCAUAUUUAAAUUUUAUUAGGUUAAUCUGGUGCCCUUUUGGUUCCCUUGUGCCUUCACAUAUAAAUAGCUUUAAACGUGACCAUCAUAAUCUCAUUUUGGCAACCGAUUUAGUAGCCUACCUCACUAGUUACAAAACAGCUUUCCAAUUACAAAGUCAGUUUAUUAGCUGACUAUUAUUAAGCUUCUAUCAUGAAAAGACUUUUACACAAUAACAGAGAAGAAACUAUAGAGAACAUACUGUAGCUCUUGUGGCCUCAGAAACUGCAAUAUUGGUAUACAAGUCUGCACUACAUGUAUUAAAUUAUAUGUUAUGCCAUUGAACAGCAGGACUUCUAUGUUAGACCUGAACAUGUUUUGUAAUUUAUUUUAGAAAAACAAAGCUCUUGAACUAUAUUUACUGUAUAAUUCCGCAGUUUCCUGAAUAGGAAAAUGAGCUAGCUGCUAAGGACUAUGAGUCAUAUUUCAAAUGUAUAUAUUGUAUUGUGUAUUUUUUAAAUAAAUAGUAUUAUUGCAAACAUA